CACACUCACUCACUUUCUUCAAUGAUGAUCAAUUUCCCAAUUUCCCAAUUGAUCCAAUGAUGAUCAAUUUCGAUUAUGUAAUGUUGUGGCAUUCACAUUGGAACCUCGCUGAAACAUCUAACUUUUCUGAGGUAAUUCAUUGAUUCAAACAUUGCAUUGAUCAUUUGGUGAUGGCGGACAGUGAUGUAGCAGAUGAUCAGAACUCAGGAUGGUUCCAAGUCAAAAAGAAGCACAGAAAUACCUCAAAAUUCUCAUUGCAGAGUUGGGUAGGAGGAUUUUCAGGGAAAAAUGCUUCUAACUCUAUGCGGACUCAGCAUUCAGUGAAUAAAAAUAAUGAAAAUUUACAUAGCAAGCACAAUGCCAAUCUCUCAAGAUUAGGGCAGAAUUUUUCAGAGAAUCCUGUUCCUGGGAAUGUUGUAGGAUCUCCUUCAGUGUCAAAUGAAGAAGAGGGCAAAAGUUUCCUUAAUAUAUGCGAGAUUAGACAUAAUAGUGAAAGCGAGAAGUUGGCUCCAGCAGCACGUAUGACGGAUUCUCAAGGUAAACUUGAAGAAGCCCAGAAACUAGCUGAAGUUGUUAAGCCUGACAAAGGCCAGAAAAUCAGAUGGGGUGAUUUAGAAGAGCAGGACUUGGCUCAGCCACAUGAAAAAUUGAUUGGAGUUGGAAUCAAGUUUGGUAGUAUUGGAGAUGAUAGUGUGCUUAGCUGCAGAAAGCCUGAGAAUAUUCCUGAUGUAGUUCCUUGUGAUUCGAAUAAUUCCCCAGAGAAAGACUUGACAGUGUUGGCGGAGACUGUUGAUGCAGAGAUUGCCUCUCAUCAGAUCCCUCUGUUGAGAUGUAAGGAUGAAAUGCUUGUUGAAAAUGGUAAAGAUGAUAAGACUUUAUCUUUGGAAGAUUCGAAAAAACCAGAAAUGGAUGCGGAAAAAGUUGACCCAGAUGAAGGCACAUCAUCUCGUGAUGAGAAAAAUGAUGAAGUCAAUAAACAAGAAAAUAAUAGUGGCACUAAAAAUGAUUUGUUUUCGGCCAAAGAUGCUGUGGUGGUUGAAAGUCAAGCACAAACAGUUACCAAUGAUCUAAGUGAUAUUGAAGUUUCAAAAUUACCAGCACAAAAUUGCAGUUCAAGCAACGCAGUUACUGCCCAGGGUACUGUUUCACAACUUCGUGAAAGGGAACCCGAAGUUGCAGGUGGUUCUAGUGCUUCUAUUGAAGUUAGGGAUUCACCGUAUGGUAAUGCAGAAAAUAUUGUUCCAAACUCUCAUAACUUCAGUGCCUCUGAGGAUGUUGAUUCGAAUGAAAGCAAAGAAAGGUUCAGACAGAGGCUCUGGUGCUUUCUAUUUGAGAACCUGAAUAGGUCUGUAGAUGAACUUUAUCUUCUUUGUGAGCUAGAAUGUGAUUUGGAGCAGAUGAAAGAGGCAAUUCUUGUUCUUGAGGAGGCUGCAUCUGAUUUUAAAGAGCUUAUCACUAGAGUUGAGGAAUUUGAAAAAGUUAAAAAGUCUUCUCAAACAUUUGAUGAAGUUCCUGUCAUCUUGAAGAGUGAUCAUCGCAGACCACAUGCUCUCUCAUGGGAGGUCCGACGGAUGACAACAUCACCACAUAGGGCAGAUAUACUGUCUUCAUCUCUCGAGGCAUUUAGAAAGAUUCAACAGGAGCGUGCUGGCAUGCAAUCGGGUAGUGACACAGAAAAUACCAUUUCUAAACGUUUGAGUUCGGCCUCUGUUAACAAUGUGAAAAGAUCUCAAACCAAUGGCAGAACAGACUUAGUGACAAAGCCAAAAAAGAAUAAUGGAUCUUCAGAUGCUAACCAAGGGAAUCUGAAUGUAAAACGGAAUAAUGUUGAAGGGGGGGAACCCAGUGCUGACACUGUACAAAGUGAAUGUAAGCAACCAGAUAAAAUAUUAACUUCAGAAGUUGUUCUAUCUGAAAAUUCUGCUUCUUUUACCACCACUAAAAGUAAAAGAGAUGGACCUGGAUCUGGAGUUGACAAGCUGCUUUCUAAGAAAGAUAAAAUGCCAACUGAAGUAGUUAAUGAGAAAAACCCCAGAUCAACAGAUAACAUUAGGAGGCAAAUACCUGUAUCUGAAAAAGAUAAGGAAAAGAGGAAUAUUGCACAGAGUAAAUCCUUGAAUGCUUGGAAGGAGAAGAGGAACUGGGAGGACAUACUUUCAUCUCCAUUUCGUGUAUCUUCCCGCAUGUCAUACUCACCCAGCAUUGGCAGGAAAAGUGCUGAACGUGUACGUAUGCUGCAUGAUAAAUUAUUGUCUCCUGAAAAAAAGAAGAAAACCGCUUCAGAUUUAAAAAGAGAAGCAGAAGAAAAGCAUGCCCGUGCUAUGAGAAUCAGAAGUGAGUUAGAGAAUGAGAGAGUCCAAAAGCUUCAACGCACAUCUCAAAAAUUAAAUCGUGUAAGUCAAUGGCACGCUGUUCGUCAUACGAAGUUGCGAGAGGGAAUGCAUGCCCGUCACCAACGCAGUGAAUCUCGCCAUGAAGCUUUUCUUGCUCAAGUGGUGAAGAGAGCCGGUGAUGAAAGUAGCAAGGUAAAUGAGGUGCGGUUCAUUACUUCCUUAAAUGAAGAAAAUAAAAAAUUGAUAUUACGUCAGAAGCUCCAUGAGUCAGAGAUGAGGAGAGCUGAAAAGCUUCAGGUUAUAAAAUCUAAGCAAAGGGAGGAUUUGGCAAGGGAAGAAGCUGUCCUAGAGCGCCGAAGACUCAUUGAGGCUGAAAAGUUACAGCGUCUAGCUGAGAUUCAGCGGAGAAAGGAGGAGGCCCAAGUCAGAAGGGAAGAGGAAAGAAAAGCAUCAAGUGCAGCACGGGAAGCAAGAGCAAUUGAACAGCUUCGAAGAAAGGAAGAAAGAGCCAAAGCACAACAAGAGGAAGCUGAACUUUUAGCCCAGAAAUUGGCAGAGAGACUAAAUGAAAGCGAACAACGUCGGAAGAUUUACCUAGAGCAAAUUCGGGAGAGAGCAAAUUUGAGGGAUCAAUCAUCCCCUUUGAUGCGUCGAUCAAUAAAUAAAGAGGGGCAAGGUAGAUCUGCCCCUACAAAUGGCAGUGAUGAUCCUCAAACAAACAUUGCCUCUGGCACAGGCUCCAUCCUUGGAAUUGGCAAUAUCACAAUGCAACAUGCAAUGAAGAGAAGAAUUAAGAGAAUUAGACAAAAGCUUAUGUCUUUAAAGUAUGAGUUUGUUGAGCCUCCUCUUGGAGCUGAAAGUGGUGGCAUUGGAUAUAGAGUAGCAGUCGGUGCUGCCAGGGCAAAGGUUGGUCGGUGGCUUCAAGAACUUAAAAGACUUAGACAGGCAAGAAAAGAAGGUGCCACAAAUAUAGGGCUAAUUAUUUCUGAAAUGAUCAAGUUUUUGGAGGGAAAAGAUCCUGAGCUACAAGCAUCUCGUCAAGCUGGACUACUUGAUUUUAUUGCUUCUGCCUUGCCUGCUUCUCACACAUCAAAACCUGAAGCAUGUCAGGUUACAUUGCACCUAUUGAAACUACUGAGAGUAGUAAUAUCUGUGCCUGCAAACAGGACUUACUUCCUCGCACAGAAUUUUUUGCCUCCAAUCAUCCCUAUGCUGUCAGCUUCUCUUGAGAACUACAUAAAGAUUGCAGCAUCUAUAAGUUCACCCAGUAACAUAAGUUUGCCAUCAUUGAAUAAAGCAUCCGUUGAGAACUUUGAAUCAAUUUCCGAAAUAUUAAAUAACUUUUUGUGGAUUGUCACUGCAAUUUUUGGGCAUGUAAGUUCAGAGGAAAGGCAACUUCAGAUGCGGGAUGGCUUGCUGGAGUUACUGAUUUCCUAUCAAGUGAUACACCGGUUACGAGAUCUUUUUGCACUUCAUGAUAGGCCUCAGAUGGAAGGUUCCGCAUUUCCUGCUCCCAUUCUCUUAAGCAUACAUCUUUUGGUAGUUUUGACUUGCAGUCCUGGAACAGUGAGUUAUAUUGAUUGGGAAUCUUCUGCUGUUGCAAUGCAGCAGGAAAUUGGCAGCGAAAUGACUAAGUUUGCUGAUUCUACACAUUCUUUCUUGAAUAACUCCUGGGGAGAUUAUGGUCCCUUGUCCACUAUUAAUGGUAGCACAGUUAUGCAUUUACCUGAUGUCCCAGAGGACAGACCAUUGGAUGAAAUAGUUAAGAUGAAUGGGAGUGAUGAAGCCAUUUCUAAUGGCAAGGAUUCUAAAUUGGAGCAUAAUAGCUCUGCUAAAUUGAAAAAUGAUGAUAUGAUCAAGAUGGAUGAGCCAGAUGAACUGAAGAAAAAUCAAAGCAGGGAUAUUAUCAAUUCUUCUGUUUCCCCGAAAGAUGAAAAACAUGCAGGGGUAAUUGUUACAGCACCAAAGAAUGGAAAAGUAUCAAAUUCGGCUCAGCCACUGGCAUUUCUUCUUUCUGCUCUUUCCGAAACAGGACUUGUUAGUCUCCCUUCUCUUUUGACUGCUGUUCUACUGCAAGCAAACAAUAGAUCAUCCUCUGAACAAGGCUCAUUUAUCCUUCCAUCUAAUUUUGAAGAGGUGGCAGCCGGAGUACUAAAGGUGCUGAACAAUGUGGCACUUUUGGAUCUUGUAUUUUUGCAGCGAAUGCUGGCUAGGCCCGAUCUGAAAAUGGAAAUUUUCCAUUUAAUGAGCUUCUUACUUUCUCAUUGUGCUGGCAAGUGGAAAGCACCUAAUGAUCAGGUUGGUUCAUUAAUGCUUGAAUCUCUGUCACUUCUGGGACACUUUGCAUUAUUCCAUCCUGGAAAUCAGGCUGUUCUUCGAUGGGGAAAGAGCCCUACCAUCCUACAUAAGGUAUGCGAUCUGCCUUUUGUUUUCUUCAGUGACCCAGAGUUGAUGCCAAUCCUGGCUGGCACAUUAGUAGCUGCAUGUUACGGGUGCGAGCAGAACAAGUUCGUAGUCCAGCAAGAACUGAGUGUUGAUAUGCUACUUUCGUUGCUCAGAUCUUGCAGAAGUUCUUCACCUGCAUCUCAGCUUAACCCAACCUUGGACAAUUCCUCAAUAGAUGAUUCUAGUGAAUGCAAUCAAUUAGGUUCUGAAUCCAGAAAGCCUCUGUCGGACAUUCCUACGAAACACAGCCGUUCCAAUGUCAAUGGUAAAGGCUCUCGCGCCUCCUUAAUAAAGGUUGGUGCUUCAGGUAAUAGCAUUAAAACUGGCAGGAUAAGAAGCCUAAGGGAUGGCAAGGCAACCAAGAGUUCUGAAGAAAUGGCUACCAAGAACACACACUGUGUUUUUGAGACCUCAACUUUAAUGUUGCACUGUAGAUUUCCUCACAGCUUCAUUGAUAAAGUAGAGCAAUUCUUUUCUGCAGAAAUUCCAAAUGGUGUUGAUGAAGUGUGAGUGUAAAACAUUUUAAACUCAUUUUGAUAGACACAGAUCUUCAAGUAGAUGUUGCACACUGCUACUACCAACAGCCACAUGAAAGAUAUUGAGAAAAGAAAAAAAAAAGCUGACAUAACCAGUCUGAGUUAUAUACACCAAAGCUCCUUUUUUAGUCACUUCAUGCCAAAGGCAUUGAACCCUUAUGGAAAUAUAAAUAGUACAGGUUGAGCAUUUUUGUAUUAUAUGUAAUAGAAAAAAGGAUUUGUGAUAUAGCUGUCAUUAUCUAUCAUCAACUGUAAUUGUAUCUUAUAUAUAUGGUGGUUUUGAAACAUCAUAAUUCCAAAGUUCCAAUUUUUAUUUA